AAGGUUUAUUUAUGCACAACGUGUGAACUACGUGGGGCGCAGUUUUAGCACAGGUUUGCAGCACGCGAAACAUUUCCCGAACCUCGAGAAAAACCUGCACACGUGAGGAAAACAUGAUAAUAUAAUAUUAUAAUAAAAAUGCCGUCAAUGAAAUCCACCGAAGUUUUUAGUCUUUCACAAUUAUAUAACUGUAAGUACAUUUGUCAAUUCAUUCAUUCGGCUAUGAAGUUUCCACAAAUAUUUAGAAUCCCCGUCAAUAAGCGCGGCUGGAAACCAGUGAAUGUAAAGGCUGCCCGCCUUUUUCCGACAGCUGAUCGUGGCCGAUGAUAACCGAUUUAUAGCUGCGAGCCGGCAGGCGAGGCUGACAGGGAUGGCUUUGCGUGGGAGAGUCGCGCUGGUCACCGGCGGAGCCCAAGGGAUCGGAAGAGCAGUGGCAGAGUGUCUUCUGAGGAAUGAAUCAAAGGUCGCCUUCCUGGACUUUAAUCGCCAAGUGGGGGACCAGUGCAAGAAAGAACUGGACAAUGAAUUUGACGAAGAAAACAGCAUUUUCAUUCCAUGUGAUGUCACUGAUACACUGAAUCUGCAAGAUGCAUUCAAGCAGACGGUCGGACAUUUCGGAAGGCUUGACAUUGUAGUUAACAACGCGGGGAUAAAUAACGAGAAGAACUGGAGGAAGACCAUUGAAGUUAACCUGACAUCAGUAAUACAGGGUACGUACCUGGCCCUAGAGCAUAUGAGCAAAGAGUACGGGAAAGAAGGCGGCGUGAUCAUAAAUGUCUCGUCCAUGGCAGCCUUCCUGCACUCCCCACAUCAGCCUGUGUACACUGCCACAAAGUGUGGGGUCGUCGCCUUCUCCCGAGCUCUGGCGGAAGCGGCCGAGCGGGGAAGCUAUGGCGUCAGGAUCAACAUGCUUUGCCCGGGAUUCGUGGACACGCCCCUCCUGCAGUCCGUUAAUCAGGAGGACAACAUGGGCAAGUUCGUCGAGUACAAGGAUGAGUUCAAGCAGCGGAUGGACAAGUACGGCGUGCUGAAGCCCUCUCUGGUCGCCGAGGGAGCGGUGAGAAUGAUAACGGACGCCACCCUGAACGGCGCGGUGAUGAAGAUCACGUGUUCGAAGGGGAUUCACUUUCACACCUACGAGCCGCCCUCGUGCUGAUCAGCCGCACGUCCGCGCCGGUGCCCAGCUGCCCAUUUCCGGAAACGUAAAGGCUCCGUCGCUUGGAAGGCAUCGGAAAUCGGAUCCAAAUCCGCUGUGUGUUGCUACCGCUUUUUGCAUAGCUAUCAGUAUGUAUUAGAGAUGGCACUGGAGAUGAGCUUAGUAGGCGUAUGUUAUAGCAUCUGAGAGGUGGCACCCAGGACAAACCUCAACCUGACUGAACAUGAUACAUCAGCUUUUCCUCUGCAGACUUUCUAAGCGAGAUAUCACAGCUUUCCAGCUCCGAUAAUGAUGACAUCGUCUUCUUCAUGACUGAAAUAAACUGGAUCGGAGGUACCCAGAACCACUUUGACAGACCCCCACCCCAGUUAGAUGCCAGUGGUGAUCUGCCGCCCCCAGCACCCAUUUGUGUGUGGUUUCUCAUUCAUGUAUACAGCCGCAGGAACUGAAGGAAAUUAAAGUGGUUUGACCACGUUCA